UAUUGUGUAAAAAUUAAGGUUUGAAUUAAUAGUAUCGAUUAUUCCAUGAAACUAUCGAUAACAUCAAAUAUGGCGCUCGCAUGGAACCCAUCAAAGAAACACAGCGAUCGUGAAAGAUGGAUUUGUAUCUAUCCGGUAUACCUAAAUAGUAAAAGAACUCUAGCAGGUGGUCGAAAACUUCCAAAAGACAAAUGUGUCGAAAAUCCAACAUAUCAAGAAAUUCGUGAUGUUUUGGUAGCAGCUGGUUUCAACGUUGGAGUAGAAAACAAACAACAUCCACGAGAACGUAGCAAAGAAUUAUUAUUUCGCGGACGUAUUCGCGUACAACUCAAAAAUGACGAUGGUACUCCUGUGAAAUCAGAAUUUCCCACUAGAGAUUCGGUUUUGGCAUAUGUGGGCACGACCAUUCCAAAGUUAAAAACUCGACAAGGAAAGCAAUCCAGUGAACAAUCUUCUCAGUCGUCAAGUUCAUCGUCAAAGAAAGGAAAAGGAAAGGGGAGAAGAUGAUAAAGAUAUAUAAUAUCACUAGAACAUAAAAAUAUUUGUUACUUACAUAUAUUUUUGUGUUGCAAUGAGAAUUAUUCUCAUGUACAAAAAUAUUAUAUUACAACUUGUACAAACCUUUUAAAGGGAAGUUUUAAACUGAAUGCAUUCAUACAUACAAAUAUCUUAAAACUUUUGUUAAAUUCUUUUAUUAUUCAUCAUUAUAUUGUAAUCCUGAUAGUCGUGUUAAUUGUUUGUUUUCAUUUAUAUCUUGAUACUUUACUAUUGAAGGAAUUUGUUCGAUCGUUUUGAAUAUUCAAGUUAUUAUUCUCAAAAUUAGAAGGUAAUUACUUUGAUGAACCAGUUGGAGACUUUAAUGCUGUUUCUGUAUUGUGUGGUACAUAGUGCACCAUAUAACCACUAGGGGGAGGAUGAGAUACUGGAAGAUGUGGUUCAAUCAUACUCGAUAGUGGAACCUAUAAAUUUAAUAUACAUAUGAUAGAAUUUUCCCAAGUUUAUUAUCGCUUGUAAUAAAGUAGUACAUACAUUCUUGUGGAAAUUUGGUUGAGCUAAUCCUACAAUAGGUGGUUGCCCAAUUGGAAACAUUAAAUUGUUCUUAAGAUUUUUCCUUGCUUUUCUAUUUUCUCGUGCCUCAAAUUUUUAAAUAUAAGUAUUAAACAGAAUUACAAAAAUAUAUGAAUUACAUUACAUUACAUUUUGUAUUACUUACUUCAUUGAUACUUCUAAGAAACGAUCCAUUUGGGUGCAACAUGUCUUGGAGCUCUGAUCUGGCAUUUAUUAACUCACUUACUGGCGCGCUAACUGUUUUUACUAAUGUACUAGGAAUAUCAUGUAAUGUCUUGAUAUGUGGAUGUAAAUCAGGAUGUAAUACAGAUUGUAAAAAAUUAUUCCCUAGCAAAUGUGGUAAUCUACUUAUUGUAUUUAAAGCUGGAUGUAUAAUGGAAUUCAAAUGCGGCGGAAUAGGUAGUGGAGGGAUAUGUGGUACUGGAGGAAUAUGUGGUACUGGAGGAAUAUGUGGUGGAGGAAUAUGUGGUAAAGGAGCCCCAACCAUAGAAUCGGAUGAAGUUGUGUUUGAAUCUUGUUCAUUUAUAAGUAAAUCUGUAUUAGACUUAAUAGUAGGAUUACUUGUUUUUUCUGUAUCAUUGUCAUCAUUAUUUGAAUCACAAUCUCUUACGAAAUGUGCAUGACCUUUUGAUGGUCCUCCAGUGAGAAAAUAGUUUGCAACUUGGUGAGCAUCACCUGAGGAUUAUUAAUAUAUUGAUGUAUGUUAAUAAUUAUUUUUAGUUUUCUUAUUGCAAUUACCUAGUUUAAGAUGUCGAUUAGAGCCUGAUACACCACGUGAAUCUCGCUGCUUUUGUUCAGUCAGUGCUUUGGAGUUGGUACUCAAAUCAAUUUCCUUCAAAUGCUUUCCAGAAGGUAUAUUGUAAUCUAACAAAGCAAAUUAAUAUAUACAAUGUAAUACUUUUCUUAAGGCAUUACCUUUAUAGCCAUGGUACGCACUAGAAUAAUUGAACUUUAUUGAUGUAAAUGGUUGUAAAUUGUGAAUUUUAGUACAAGAGACAUUAUGUGUAUACACUACAAUAUGAUAUAAAAUAAAGAUUAAUGAUAUUAA